UCAGUAGCUGCGCUUCAAUAAGUUUCUCAAAUCUCCCACUCCUUGUCUCUGGAUCGAAAAGGGUUUAGCAUUGGAGCUGGGUUUUGUUGAUUCGCAUUCGACCCUUCUCUCUAUUUCGCGUCUGGGUAGUUGGUACCCCACUCUCAAUUUCUCGCUAGGGUUUUUCUUCACCGCCGAUAGCUUUAGCUGCCCGAGUGUGUUGUCUGUUCUUCUUCCUCGGUUUAAAUCCUUGAGGGGUUUUACAAUGGAGUUAGCCUUUUCUUCGAGGGAUGCGUGUUGUGUUGUUUUUUCAUUCAAGAAAUGGUUAUGUUGGGUGAAGUUGCAAGAAAGAUUGAAUAUGAGCAAUGGAGGUGGGGAAGGUGGAAGUCAGCAAAGAGAAUUACAUGGUAAGAGAAAGAUUUCCCGAGGCAAUGAUUUCGCCUUUGCCAUAGCCAGAAUGGCUGUCGCUCAGAUUUGCGAGAGUGUUGAGGUUAAUUCCUAUCAGGAUUCACAGACACGGGAGGGCCUGAGGUUUAGUUCUUUUCAAGAAUCUGCUCUUGAAUCACUAACCGAUGUUGCCGUUCAGUAUAUCCAGAGCAUUGGCAAGACUGCUCACUUGUAUGCCAACUUAGCCGGUAGAGUAGAUGGUAAUUCUCUCGACAUUGUUCAAGCAUUAGAGGAUUUGGGAUCUGGUUUGGGAUUUGCUGGUGUUUCAGAUGAUAACCGUUGUCUUGCUGAUUCCGGUGUAGUCAAGGAUAUUAUUCGUUAUACUGGAGAAGCAGAGGAGAUGCCGUUUAUUUAUUCUCUUCCCCGCUUCCCAUUUAGUAAAGAGAAAAGACCUGCUCCUAGUCUCCCUGAGGUCCGAGGAGAACCUCCAGAUGAACACAUUCCUGUUUGGCUUCCUGCAUUUCCCGAUACCAAAUUGUGUGAUCAAUCAGUAGAAACUAAUGCAGGCACAAUCGUACAAGAGAUUCCAAUUAAAGAAAAUGGGACAUCUUUACGGAGUAUGCAACAUUCUUUUGAUGGUGCUAGGUUAGAAAUACUUAAAUCUCUAAAAGAUGCUCGAGACACAGCAGAAGCAGAAGUGGAAGGCAACCCCUUUCUAACUGUGCCUCUUCGAUUUGUGGAGAAGGAUGUGUCACCUUUUUUUCCUCCUUUGGAGCUUUCAAAUCAAGUUGUUAGAAUCAACCACGUUCCUGAUAAACAUAUGAGCAACAACCAUUACAUCCCUGUUCUAGAGGCAUCUGUUCCCUUAGAUGAAAUCAACAACAAGAACGGGUUAGCUGAUUCCGAGGAUGGAGGGAAGAAAGAAGGUGCAAGGAUACAGCCAACUCUGGUGCGCUUCAAGAUUGGGAAUAGAAAAAGACCUACGUCUUUGGCAAUAAGUCGGAGCUUCCAGGAAGAGGGUUGGUUUCAAGAAGGUGGUGACAAUAGGGAGAAAAAGUCAGAGAUUGAAGAUAAGCGCGGAAGAAUUGACUCACAAAUUGUCCACUCAGAUGUAAAAUAGAAGAAGAAGAAAAGAAGAAAUGGACAAGAAGAAGCCAACAUUAAGGACAAAUGAUAGCUUCUUGUAAAGUAAUGACCAGACAGCAGAUUAGGCUCCUCUGCGUAUUGCUUGGAGGCUACCUUGAAGAAGAAAGAAGAGAAGGGCAACAGAAAAAAAAAAAGUAUUGGUUUUUGGUGUUUGAGAAAGAGGUUUCUCUAUCUUUAAAGGCAAAGAUACAACUGUCAAAGGAGGCUUUGAAGCAUAUAUAAUGUAAUGCAUGUACAUGUGUUAACAUGUUAGAAUUAU